UGAAGCGAAUCGUACGCUAGGAAUCGACGAGUGCCGACUUCAAAUAAUCGAUUCCUCUUGCCCACCACAGGGUUGUGGGUCUGAGGAAUCGACGGUAGAGGAAUGUAAAUGUUCCAAUGGAAUCGAGUCGACGGCGUCUUCUGAAAUCUUCAUCGAGGAUGAUUGGGGUGAUGUUGGUGAUGUUGGUGAUGGGGGUGGUGUUGGUGCUGAUUGUUCCUGGCCGCUCUGCUGCUGUCGCCAUGCAGCGUCUACCCACCACUCUGCAGGAGACAAAACCCUCGAUGGAUACAUUGAAGGUUCAAGAACCUCCCUGUCAACUCCAUCAUUUCCUUGCACCGUGUGAUCCUUACCACCACCACCACCACCACGACCAUCACCACCACCACCACCACCACAACGCUCACCACACCGCUCACCACAACGCUCACCACAACGCUCACCAGGACGACGCUCACCAGGCACCAUCGCGCAGGAGUGGCUGUGUGCCUGGUGGUGAGCGUGGUGGUGGUGGUGGUGAUGGUGGUGGUGAUGGUGGUGGUGAUGGUGGUGGUGAUGGUGGUGGUGGUCCCUCUGGGGCAUCAUCUCGGAAUUGCCUCGGGAAAGUGCCUGUGCAGGUUACUGAGUUCCAACAGCUGCUGAAUACCACAGUGACAGUCGGACAGACUGCCGUACUCAGCUGUGGUCAGCAACAACCUGGGUCCGUACAGUGGGGACGAGGAGCUGAGACGCUGCCUGGAGAGGCUGGGACAGCCGCUGGAGACAUUGCGUCUUACGGCGACUCCGAUUCGCUGUACAUCCCCCGCGCGACGACCAAUCACAUCGGCAAGUACUGGUGUCACGUGACGGGGCAGCCUCCUGGCCUAAGACAAACUCACCAAGUUACAGUGCUGGCACCCCCCGUGAUCAGAGUCUUCCCAGAGAGUCAGCUGGUGCAGCCAGGACAGCCAGCCUGGCUGCGCUGUGUGGCGGAGGGCAUCCCAACACCAACCAUCAGCUGGCUCAAGAACGGAAAACCGCUCACAGAGGAAUCCGGGCGGAUAUCGAUAGACGAUGCAGGCCACGUGGUGUCCCUCUACGCUGUCCGACAAGACGAUUCAGCUGUCUAUGAGUGAGUGUCUGAGUGAGUGAGUGAGUGUCUGAGUGAGUGAGUGUCUGAGUGAGUGUCUGUGUCUGUGUAGAUGCAGGCCACGUGGUGUCCCUCUACUCUGUCCGACAAGACGAUUCAGCUGUCUAUGAGUGAGUGUCAGAGUGAGUGAGUGAGUGUCUGAGUGAGUGAGUGAGUGUCUGAGUGAGUGAGUGUCUGAGUGAGUGAGGGAGUGUCUGUUUGAGUGAGUGAGUGUCUGACUGAGUGUCUGUCUGUCUAGAUGCAGGCCACGUGGUGUCCCUCUACGCUGUCCGACGAGACGAUUCAGCUGUCUAUGAGUGAGUGUCAGAGUGAGUGAG